CAGGUUCUCCGACAUGUCGCCAGGCGGGGGCUGCGUUUAAACGGUCUGCUCCUGUCUGAGACGCAAGUGGAGUGGACACCUCUCUCCACCCUUAUCCUCCAUCCAGUGACGCUGCCUACUCCACCCCGUCCCAACCCCGCACACCCCCGUAGAAUGUGUAUUGGGGAUGUCACCGACUGAAGACCAAGGCUCACCACUCUGGCCAAGCCAGAGUACUGGAGCACAGUAGGGGCUGGAAGGAUGGGAGCUAAACAGAUGAAAUGUUGCUUUUUUUUUGGGUGCCGAUCCAGUCUCAGCUCGAACAGCCCGACGCACGCAAACAAAGCAGAGUCCCUCCCCGGCCAAUCAGAAGACAAAAGGGAGUGCGUGGAUGACCAACCGAAAGAGAGACUGAGCACAUCAUGCACAGGGGAUGAGGACAAGCCCUUCUUGCAUGGGCAGGGGGAUGUGCCAGUGCAUGCUGGGUCAGUGCGGCGUGGCAGAUGGGAGGAACAACUAUGUGAGCAACAGGAGCAGCUACAGAAAGAGAUGUAUGAGGCCAGAAAGAUGGUGUCCAGCUUACAGGCUUUGCUGCUUCACGGCUCUCUUCCUGAAGAUGAACAGGAGGUUGCUGUGAGUGUGGGGGAGGGGAUGGAGAACACCGAACAGCAGCUGGUCAUACUCCGCAGUCAUCUGGACCAGAGUGUGGAGGAGGCCCAGGACCUGAAGAAAGAACUGCUGCGGUCUAAGCAGGAGAUGUUCAGCCUGCAGGGAAUGAAGGACGCCCUGCAGCUGCGCCUGUCUGCACAGGAGGCGUCUGCGUUGCAGCUGAAGCAGGAGCUGCUGCAGUCCAGCCUCGCCAGAGACCAGCUGACCACGCAGAACGAGGAACUGCAGAGGAGACUGGAGGAGAUGAGCAGCAUGUUGAAUGAGUACAAAAAGGACAUUGGACAGAAGGACAGACUGCUCCUGCAACAUAAAUCAAAGCUGGACGAAGCGCUGUGCACAGAAGCCGAGAACAGCAGUCAGAAGCUCUCUGAGUCUCAGAAUAAUGGCUACCCCUACACAGUGGACAGGGCCCCGUCAGCACUGUCAGACGAGCUGCCACACAUCCGGGAUGCCCUCCGAAGUUUGAGGAACAGUUUCAGUGGUCACGACCCCCAGCACCACACCAUUGACACCCUAGAGCAGAGUGUGGCCAACAUCAUGGAUCGCCUUCAUGACCUGAACACACGCCGACCAGAAAGAGAGGGGCGAGGCAGGUCUCCAGGACAAAAAGCGAAUCACACCGACCGUGACUCCUGGCCACUCAAAACAGUUCAGUCCCUCAGCAGUGCUGUGCUGGACCCAGCUGACUCCACCAAAGUGCUGUACUUCACUGACCGCUCACUCACACCCUUCCUCAUUAACAUCCCCAAAAGGCUGGGUGAGGUGACGCUCAGAGACUUCAAAGUGGCGGUGGACAGAGAGGGCUCCUUCAGGUACCACUUCAAAGCCCAGGACCCCGAGUUCGGCACAGUGAAGGAGGAGGUGUUCCAGGACGAGGCUCCGGUCCCAGGCUGGGAGGGGAAGAUCGUGGCCUGGGUGGAACAGGACCCUGGGGACAGCAGAUAGAGCAGGGUGGGGCAGGACAGGAUGAGAAUGUUUGGAGUCCCACCCCACCCACCCCCCCACCACUAGCACUCAGCAUGUCACCUCCCUGGCUGCGGACCCUGGAGCUCACAGGUUCUGCUCCCUCAAGCUCCCUCAAGCCUGGAGUGGGAAGAGGAGAAAUUGUUUUUUUUUUGUGGGUUUCAGGAUGAAUUUCUGGUUAUAGCUUGGUCAAAGUUAGCCUUAGCGGCUCUGCGGAUGAAAACAGAAAGUUAGGAGUGGUGGUAACUGGAACAAUUUUCCUUCUCAUCUAAAUCCUCUCACCGUCCAACCGAGUGGAACUCUAUCUGCCGUGGCCGCAGGGAUGAAAGACAGUGAUGCGCUGGGUGCCAAGGGUUGGGUCCCAGGAAGGAGUUUAUGCUCAACAUCACACGUUCCUCUCCAUUUCCCCUUUUCCCACCACAGAGAAAAGACCUCGCUCUUACACUUUCUGAAUUUGUGCCAAAUCCUCAAGGUUUCCUAUGCUCUUUUUAAGUCUCCUUAUGAAUAUGGUUAUAAAAAUUGUGAUGCCAGAAUAUAUAUUUUCUUAACACGGUUCUCACAGGACUUAUUGUCAGACAGUACAUUAGGCCUCCUUUUAGAUACUUGUGAGGAAAACUUUCGAUAAAUAUUGUGAACACAUUUUUAAAUUGAAUAAGCAGGUACAUUGUGCUAUGGUGAUUUAACUACGAGAAAUUAUUGAAACGCAGUCAGUAGGUAGCAGUCUUGGUCAGAAAGAGCUUAGUCCCUAGAUAGCAAGGUAGGAAAAGUGUAAUGUGACAGAGCGUGCUGUGAACACUGCAGUAUUGCUCUAGAAAUGUGCCUCCAAGGCCUGCUGGCCCAACAGGAAGUAUAGUAUGGUAUAUUUUUGAUGGAUUGUAUAUAUGCCGACAUUGUGAGGUUUUUACCCAAGUCAGGUUGAAAAAUUGAAUGAAUUGAAAGCACAGCUUAUUCAAUAACCAGGCACAUGCUGAUCAUUGAAUAAUUGUUUGACUAGGCCAAAAGUACCCUACAGUACAUUUAAGAGCCAAUCGCACAAUGCUGCCUUCAGUGAAGGAUACACUGAUGUUUAAUUGCCGGAAGAUCUGACAGGAAGGAUUUCCAGGAUUUUCAGGCAUCCCAAAACAUUUUCAGGAUGCCUCCUGGACUAUAAUGAUGUUACACAAAACUGUUGAAGGGUUGUAUUGUUGAACAGUUUGGAUCAAAUGGAAUUCAAUUCACAGCAAGCUCCACAGAAUGCAUUACUUGUUCUACAUUUCAAGUCAGAAGGUUCUUUUCCUUGGAAACAGCCAUCAAUGGCUGUCACUGUCAAACUACAUGUGAAGGCACACUAGCUAGGUAUAAAUACCAUCUGGCAACGGAAGUUAAAACUAAGUCGUUUUUGUAAUGAAAUGUGAAUUUUGUGAAUGGGUGUGAAACAUAUCUGGCCAAGUGGCCUUUUCUGGUUAAGUAUUUUUAUUGGAAAAGUGAGCAGACAUUAGUGAAAGGCUUCAACUUACCUGGUUGUGUCUAAGGGAGGAAACCGUUUACAGCGCACCUUCCUGGUAUCUUGCACGGUUACAAGGGAGUAGUUCUGUUUGAAAUGGCACAUUUGAUUCCACUAGGUCCAGCUUCUGUCAGUGGAAAAGUCUGUACUGAACUGUGUAUCUGCGAGGAGAUGUGCCCUCAUGCCCUUUCGCAAUAGGAUGACAAAAUGGCUCAUUGAUUCUAUGUAGGCUAACAUCUGACAUCUUGUCAUGUUAAUGCUCGCAUGACCUUUUCUCCUCAUGGUCUGUCAGAGCAUCUAGACACCUCACUGAAGCAUACUGUGAAUUAAUCUCUUACCCCACUGCAGAGAGACAGACAGACAGACAGGGAAAGAUUAUGAAAGAGGGGAGAGGACAGUUUUGACAGUCUUUGGGCAAAGAGAAAGGAUUCCUUUUUCAAAACAGGUUUUGGACUGACUGCAAUUAUUUGAACUCACCAAAUGUCUUUGAAAUCAAAUGUUUUGUCUAUUUGUAAAAAGUUAUGAAAACUAUAUUGUUAAAAAGGAUUGUGGCUUCCUUCACCCUUUUUUUGAAUGUAAAAAUAAAUUGUACUCUGUAAUCCCCAAAA